AUGGCCCGGAAAGCCCUGGUGGGGAGGCAGGCCGGGUGGAGCCCGGGCUCCCGUGAGCACGGCCCGCUGCUGUUGCAUGCGGGUGCUGCCAGGCUCCCAGAGAACACCGCCGUCCGGGCCACCGUCGGGGCUGGGUCGGGCCGGCAGGAUGGCUGCUCUCGAGCCCCCGAGGGUCCUGGCGCUCUCACCCCUGCCCGAACCGUGGAGGUGGCCGGGACAGCAGGCCGUGACCGCCUGCGCUGGGCACCGCCUUGCCAGCAGCCUGUGACCAACAGAGUGCCCGUGACCACACUGCUGCCCCCACGCCUCGAGGGACGCUGGAUCUCCACUGGCUGUGAGGUGCGCCCGGGGCCGGAGUUCCUCACCCGAUCCUACAUCUUCUUUCCCGGCCGCCUCUUCCGAGCCUACCAGUUCUACUACGAGGACCCCCUCUGCCGGGAGCCUGCCCACUCGCUGGUCAUCAAGGGCAAGGUCCGCCUGCGCCGGGCCUCCUGGGUCACCCGGGGUGCCACUGAGGCCGACUAUCACCUGCACAAGGUGGGCAUCGUCUUCCACAGCCGCCAUGCCCUGCUCGAUAUCACUGGACGCCUCAACCGGACCCAGGCAGGCCGGGACUGUGCCCGGCAGCUGCCCCCGGCCCGGGCCUGGGUGCCCAGCGCUCUUUAUGAGCUGCUGAGUGCCCGGGCCGAGAGGAACUGCAUGGCCGCCCUGGGCUUCACCAUGCACGAGCUCAGCCUGGUCCGAGUGCAGCGCCGCCUGCAGCCGCAGCCCCGGGCCGCACCCCUGCUGGUGGAGGAGCUGUACCUGGGGGACAUCCACACUGACCAGGCAGAGAGGCGGCACUACCGGCCCACUGGCUACCAGCGCCCGCUGCAGAGCGCCCUGCACCACGCCCGGCCCUGCCCGGCCUGCGGCCUCCUCGCCCGCUCCGACGAGCACCACCCGCCCGUGCUGCCCGCCCAGACGGCGCUGCCCCUGCACCUUGGCGGCCGCUGGGUCAGCCCUGCGUGCGAGGUGCGUCCCGCCGUCCUCUUCCUCACCAGGCUCUUCACCUUCCACGGGCACAACCGCUCCUGGGAAGGGCGCUACCGCCACUUCUCGGACCCCGCCUGCCGGCAGCCCACCUUCACCGUCUACGCGGCCGGCCGCUACACCAGGGGCACACCGUCCACCAAGGUCCUGGGCGGCACCGAGCUGGUGUUCCAGGUCACGGAGGCUCGUGUGACCCCCAUGGACCAGGCCACCACGGCCAUGCUCAAUUUCUCCGAGCCGAGCAGCUGCGGGGGCCCGGGGACCUGGUCCCUGGGGACAGAGCGGGAUGUCACAGCCACCAACGGGUGCCUGCCUCUGGGCAUCAGGCUCCCCCACCUGGAGUACGAGCUGUUCAGGAUGGAGCGAGACCCUCUCGGGCAAAGCCUGCUCUUCAUCGGACAGAGGCCCACCGAUGGGUCCAGUCCGGACACCCCCGAGAAGCGCCCCACCUCUUACCAAGCGCCCCUGGUGCUCUGCAGUGGGGCGGCCGGGGACUUCUCCCGGCCCCCACAGCACAGGCCUCUGCUGCAGACGCCCCUCCUUCGCAGUGGGGGGUGCUGUCCUCAAGGGGCCCCUGUCCUCCUGCUCCUGGCUCUCAGCCUGGCCUUCCUCCAGCGGCUAUGAGAGGGGGACACUGUCUGAGCCUGGGGACUCCCACCUGGUACUGACUCCGCCCCCUGUCUGUGAGGAGGUCCGGCUCUCUCCCCUGUGUGGUGUCGCAGACUGCAGCUCAGCCUGUGGCCUGGUGGCUCAGCCCCUGAUUUCACCAGUGCCUGCAGAGCCUGUGCCACGGCUGGUCGCCAAGUCGUGCCCACCAGCCUGGGCACUGCGGCAACGUCAAUCAACCGCUUUGAGUUUUGAAUGCUUGCUCUCGAUUUUCGGGGGCUGUUCGAGGACCAGUGCCAGGGGUUGGACCUCAGAGGCACCCCCAUCCCUCCCUGCACCCUUGGGAUCUUGCGCCAUGAGGGUGAGGCUUCAUGGGGACACGCUGCUGCUGGUCUGCCCUGCGUGGUGGUGGCCUAAAGACCACUAAUUCAAAUUCCAAAACACACACUCAGACCGGAGUCGCGAAUUAAAGGUGCCGCCCUGGGCUUCUGGUGCUUGCUCACUGGCAGAGAGCUCGUGUCUUCGGAGAAAACCCAGCUUCCUCGAGCUCUGCCUGCCAGCACCUGCACACACGUGCAUUCACCUGCGCACACCUGCGCGUGCUUCCGGGAGGCAGGCCUCCAGCUGUGCACACUGCGUGCGGAGAUGUUCCCUCCCUCCGAGCCUGGGAGCGUGGCUGCCCUCACCCGCCCCAAACAAUGUCACCCUGGGCUGGCUGCAGGGGGCAGGGCUUUGGGGGAAAGUGGGGUCUCGGCCUUUGGAAAGUAAUUAAUACUGACGAGCACGAUGAUGCCAGCAUGCUCUGUGAUUAGCCCUGCACAGGUGUCCUCUGUCUUUGAGAAUCCCUGGCCUUGACUGACCAGGAGGGAGGAAAACAAGCCAAAUGCAUCCCUGAGACCACUCUAGGAAGAGGUCAGGGUCACGGGGCGACAUGGUGACCUCCGGAGGACAGGCAGCCUGCUGGCGUGACGCCGACCACUUCCUCUGCUCGGUGGGGACAGGUCGCGCCUCUCCUGGCCCCUGCCUGUGUUCCCGGGGCUGCGUCUGCACAGUCUGAAACAGACUGGCAUCCUGGGGGGCCCGAGGUUUUCCAGACUCGGUGCGGACAGGGCGCCCCCUCCUUCCUCCGCCCGAUUCCUAUCUCUGGCUCUUGUCACGGAUCUCGAACAACAAUUGUCUGUGAGGCUAAUGAUGCUUCCAGAAGGAAGCCCUUGUCCUUCCGUGAGAUUGUGUGGGGUUCCAUCAGCCCGCUGAAAUUGCUCUAACUUAUCUCCCCAUUCUUCUUUUAAAAAAACCAAAAAACACCAAGUUAAUAUCGUCUGUGGGUCUGAGAGUGACAAGUGUUCCCAGCGUAUUUACCAAAGCACAAGAAAUAAUUAUUUACGGCCUCAGAUUGCAUCAGAGUGGCGGGUGG